AUUAUCCGACAAGCUCUCAAACGUUUUCAAUAGUAUUGACGCCAUUACAUAGUGCGCUGGAAGUGGGUUUGGUUGGUUUCCGUUUAACACUCAGCGGCCGCUCUGCGAUAGAAUUGAAACUAUGUUCUAGUACCAAAGAAAAACUAAAUUAAAGCAGUGCAACCAACCCAUCGACUACAAAAAUGAUUGGUGGUUUGUUUAUAUAUAACCAUAAAGGUGAGGUGCUAAUCUCGCGAGUCUACAGAGAUGAUAUUGGUCGUAAUGCCGUUGAUGCAUUUCGUGUCAACGUGAUUCACGCACGUCAACAAGUGCGAUCCCCAGUUACCAAUAUCGCACGGACAAGUUUUUUCCAUGUUCGUCGCUCUAACAUCUGGCUGGCUGCCGUCAGCAAACAGAAUGUAAACGCGGCCAUGGUGUUUGAGUUUCUGCUAAAAAUGUGCGACGUCAUGCAGUCGUACUUCGGCAAGAUCUCGGAGGACAACAUUAAGAACAAUUUUGUGUUGAUCUACGAGAUUUUGGAUGGUGUCAAUCUUGGACCAAUAUGUAAAUUAGUUAUACUGCUAGUCAAUCUUGACAUCUUGAGCAAAGAAGAGACAAGCCAAAUAACAUCACAAGUGACGGGUCAAAUUGGUUGGCGCCGUGAAGGAAUAAAAUACAGGCGAAACGAACUCUUCCUUGAUGUUCUUGAGUCUGUCAACCUGCUGAUGUCACCUCAAGGCCAAGUGCUCAGUGCCCAUGUCGCAGGUAAAGUUGUAAUGAAGAGUUACCUCAGCGGCAUGCCGGAAUGCAAAUUCGGGAUAAACGACAAGCUACUGGUGGAUAUUAAAGGGAAAGGAAGCCUCGAAGAUGGAGGUCGAGCUGGCGGCACUACUUCAUCUGGCAAAAACUCCAUUGCCAUUGACGAUUGUCAGUUCCAUCAGUGUGUGAAGCUCAGUAAAUUUGAGACGGAACACAGCAUAAGUUUCAUACCACCAGAUGGCGAGUUUGAACUAAUGAGGUAUCGGACCACAAAGGAUAUAAACCUUCCUUUCCGGGUAAUUCCUCUAGUCAGAGAAACUGGACGACACAAGAUGGAGGUGAAGGUUGUGGUCAAGUCCAAUUUCAAACCAUCUUUACUGGCUCAAAAAGUUGAAGUUCGUAUCCCAACGCCACUGAACACAAGCGGUGUCCAAGUCAUAUGUAUGAAGGGCAAGGCCAAAUAUAAAGCCAGUGAGAAUGCAAUUGUUUGGAAAAUUAAGCGGAUGGGCGGAAUGAAAGAGUGUCAACUGAGUGCAGAGAUUGAGUUGUUGAAUACUAAUGAUAAGAAAAAAUGGACACGUCCACCAAUAUCAAUGAACUUUGAGGUGCCGUUUGCACCUUCCGGAUUCAAAGUUCGCUACUUGAAAGUGUUCGAGUCAAAACUCAACUACAAUGACCACGAUGUCAUUAAGUGGGUUCGUUACAUUGGACGCAGUGGGUUGUACGAGACCCGAUGUUAAACGAUCCCUGGGGUAGGUGUGUGUGUGGGGGUCAAAACGGAAGAGGAGGAAACAAAGAGUAAAAAAAGGGAAGAGGAAGACAUGAAGGAGAAAGAUAAAAAGUGGAUAGUGAGAUAUUUGUUAAGCAAUGUUCCCUUCUCUUUGUUGAGCAAUGUUCCCUUCUCUUUGUUGAGCAAUGUUCCCUUCUCUUUGUUGAGCAAGUUCCUCACUCUCCUUACUAUAACGUUCAUUCUCAUAUUGAUUUGAUGUAGCUUAUUACCUCGUCAGAUGCUCUAUUUUAAUUGCAUGUAUAUCAUACACACACACACACACACACACACACAAAUGAAUACAUAAAUGAAUACAUACCCACAAAUGCACAUACAUACAUACAUACUCAUUUCAAUUUCACCAUGCACAGGCACUGAAUUACACAUGCAUAUACAAAUGCACACACACCGUUUUAUGAACAUUUCUUGUUAGGUUUUGAACUUGAGAAGCUUCAGAAGGUUAGAUAUGUACCAUGUGUUAAUUUUUUUUUCUUGGAGGUAAUGUUCCUCCCUUUGGUAAUGCUAGUUACCAAAGAUAUGGUGUAAUUCACUGCAAUGAUUUGAUUGCUAUAAAGUUCUGAGUUUGGGUUCAAGAUCCACUUGAAAAUAUUUUUCUUUGAAAACAAACUAAAAUGAUUAUGUGUACUGAAAACUAAAGGUGUCACACGAAAAAGACAAAAAAAAGUAGUGGCUGUUUUAACCAUUAACCCCCAGCAAGACCCCCACCACCACCACCACCACUUGCCCAAAGAAUAAAGUUCCCCCAACCAAAACCUGCAAAUAAAACACAAGAUGUGGAUGAAUGAAUCUAAAAAAAAAGGGAAAAAAAGAAAAAAAACCCAAAAAACAUCAAGCCAUAUUUGUUAGUCUCAUUUCUGAUGGAAUAUCCUUGUCUCUGAUGCCAACCACUCAACCAUUAAUUGGGAGGAGAGUGUAUGGGAGGGGUAGAUUUUUUUUUUUGUUUUUUUUGUUUUCAGCAAGUUUCAGCGAGGGCAGUAAUGUUUAUAAGAAACAGUUUGAUGUUUUAAUUGUUUACGGUUUUUUUUUUUCUUUUUACAUGGUUUAGUGUUAGUUGUAGUCUUGCAGAUCAAUUGACCACUCUGAUACUGAUUUUUUUUAGAUGAAACCUCAUGGCAUUUUAGGUACUGCAGACGCUGUAUUUUUUUUUUAAUUUACACCUGUGUGAAUCAUAGCAUUUUUCUCCUGAGGAUUUGCUAGGUACAAAUCUACCUCAGUGGUAUGACUUUAGUUUGUGUAGAGUUGUCUCCUCUUUAGAAAUGAAAAUAAAAUAAUAAUGAAAUUAUUGUGUAUAGUGACCAGCUGCACUACAACUCAUCAAAGGUGCACACACAGUACAUAGGAUUAUGUACAACAAUCAGGAAAGUGAACAGUGUAUGAGUCAUGAUAUACGUGUGCAUGCGUAUAGAGGGUGGGAUAUCAGGUUGGUGUGUGCACAUUCCUUGUUUUAAUUUUCCCAUCUGUUUUUAAAUUAUUUAUUCAUUGACUUUUUUUUUUCCAAUCAGUUGUGCUGAAUCAAUCUAUAAAUUAGCAGCUGAUUCCUUGAAGGAUAAUGGAACCUUUGCAUGGUUACUCAGCUAAUGGAAAAGUAACAGAUCUCCCUUAAAUCACUCCCUGCUUACUUAAAAAAAAAAAAAAAAGGUGGGGA